AUGACUAUCGCGAUCAAAGACUCGGCGCCGAAGGUCCCGACGCAAAGUCCUUUCGGACCUUCACACGAGGCCGCAGGAACCCUUCCUGAUUUGGUCCUCAUUACCGCAGAUAAGGUAGCGUUCUAUACCCACCGCCGUCGUCUAUCCCAUGCAUCUAGCAACUCGUUUGGCGGCCUUCUAUUCGACACAUCUGACGCCAUCCACGUGCCAGAGUCAGGAACAUGCAUCGACCUUGCCCUACGCAUCAUGUACGGCUUUCCUUGCGCCCAGCUCGUUCCCGCUCUCGAGGACAUAGUGGAUGCAGUCGCCGCGCUCACCAAGUAUGGCAUCUCCGUUCAGAAGCUCGCUGCGCCCUUUCUUUCACUGUAUCAACUCAUUCUCGCUUAUGCCCCGCACCGUUCGAUCGAGGUAUACGCACUCGCGGGUCAUUAUGGGCUUGAGGAGCUUGCUGUUGCAGUUUCCUCGCAUCUGCUCGCAUAUGACACCUCGAUGCUCUCCGACGAGCUCUCUAUCGAGAUGGGCCCUAUUUACAUUCGCCGACUGUUCGAAUUGCACGCGCAUCGCAGGAAUGCGCUGAGGAACAUCGUCUUGAGGCUCCCGACUAUGCAUCCCAGGACGAACGAGUGCACGGAAGACACGCAAUGGCAGCUGACGCAGGCCUGGGCAUAUGCUGCUGCGGAGAUCGUGUGGGAGGCGUUACCAAGCAUGUCACCAUGCGCGUUGCAGUCGGCAUUCGAGAAGAAUGGAACGUUGAUCAAGUGCCGCGACUGCCGAGAGAUGCUUCACAACGGGAUACAGGAAGCGAUGUACGAGUGGUCUUCCGUGAGGAGCACUAUCUAA